CAUAAAACGCUCCAAUCAAAAUCGGUCGGAGCUCCUUUCUUCUGUCUUUUCCCCUCUCUAAAAUCCGUUUGCUGAUACCGCCCAGCGAUUGACACCCGCGCUCUCUCCCUUCCAAUUCUCUCUCUACAGACAGAUACAUACAUACAUCUCUAUAUCCCAAGAGAUUUCGGAAAUUUCGUUUUCUUUUAUACAAAGUCUCGAAAUUAUUCACCGUUGAUUUUUUUCUACGCGUUCUUCUCUUUCAACAGAUUGCUGUUGGAAAAUUUUGAAGGUUGCUCUAUGCCCUAUGUUAGUGGGAGUAAAGAGUUGGAUCAUUCCUUAGGUUUCUACAUCUUUGAACAGCUGUUCAUACUUUUAAGAAUACUGAUAUGAUUUCUCAGAUAUCAGUAGGUGAAAAUGUUUGUUAUUUCAAGGAAACUUCAUCAUCUAUGGAUCCUAAUAGUGCAAUUGUAAAAUUAUCAGCCUCUGUUCAAUCAUCUGAACCAUUUAGUGAGAUAGAUGACAAGUUGUCUGAGAGCAUGGUUACACCUAAUGUUUCAGGAACUGACGUUCUUGUUACUGCCUUUGAUGAUGUAAAUACAGCUGAGCUGUCUGAACAGAAGCAUGAAAAAAGAAGUGGCAUCCCUAAAGCUGAUGAUGCAUCAGAAAGAAAAUGUCCUGACAUUGUAUGCAUGGAUCCACCAAGGAGGAGUGCGCGCAAAAGCUUACUGCUCCAGAAUCAAGUCAACCCAUCUAUAAGAAAUGCUGGGAGAACAGCAGCUAAAAGAGGAACACUGGAUAUUAAUAAUUUGAACAUCAUACGCCGGAAAAGAACUAGUUCUAGAAAGCCAACUCGAUCAUCAGUUUGGACAUCAUUGGGGAAUGAUAUACAAACUUCUGAACAUGGUGAAGGGGCUGAGGUAGUUAAAAGUGAUCAAAGGAAAUCAAGAAGAGCAAAACGGGGUCAGAAAAGUGAAAAGCACGAUAAUAAUCAGGCAGUGCAAAACUUACAAACGUCAAUGGCAAAGAAUCGCAUUUGCUUGAAAGUUAAAUUUGGUCAACGUUCUCUUAUGGAUGUUCUUCCACUUAUUGAAAAUGGCAAUGGAACAUAUUCAUCCACCAGUAAAGAACCAGUAAGAGUUCCAGAAAGCAUUUGUGAUCAGUUUGAAGAUGAGAUGAAUAAAAUAACAGGGUUAAAUGGGAUCAAUGCAAGCUUGGAUAGUUCUUUUACAUCGUCUGACGCUUCUGUUACAAACAUGGGCCCAGCUGGCAAGAACGUUGAUGAAAGUCCAACUGAAAAAUAUUUGGAGAGUCAUAAUGAGUCACCUACACUCGCAGAGGUUGGUAAAUUGGGAACACCAGUUGAUGACAGGUGCUCAAAUCCUGGAACUUCCCCUGAUUCAGAAGUUAUCAAUCUUAUUCCUGAUGCUCAUAUCAGUUUAAAAGGUCUAGACAACUUGCAUGGCUUAAUGUCAACCCAAGCAAGUGGUGCUUCUGAAGAUUUUGCAAGUUUUGGUAUAGUAGAGAAUUGCCAUAUAAAAGGAAAGAAAAAAGAUAGGCUUGUCAAGACAGCUGAUUGCAGUGUAAAAGCUACUUUCCCUAGUUCAGAAAUUAUUAACAAUGAACAACCAUUGGGGCAAUUCACGCUGGGAGAAUUCAUUGGUGAUGGCUCUUAUUCUGAUCGGGCUGAUACUUAUAUUUUAACCACAUCCAAAAAUGCAUCUGGGAGUGUAUCUAGCACUGAGUUGUGUCCUGGGGAACCAGAACCUUUAUCUAAAGUGGAUGACUUUGGAGGGUCCUCUGCUUCUCCCAUGCUUGAACAUAGUGUGGUGGUAAAUCUUUGUUCUAGCCUUGAUACUCAUUCACCAGAUUUGCAGAUGCCUGAGAAAUCACUUUCUUCUACUGAGAAGCUCAAACCUUCAAAAAGGGGAAAGUCCAAGUGGGUAGGAAAGAACCAGUCAGAAAUCGUCAAUUCAUCAAGUAGAGCAAAUUCAUCUAAAACAAAGGUUAACAAGGGUAAAAAAUCUGGCAAGUGUGAAGUAAAGAAUAAGCCUCAUGGUGUUCAGGGUCUUACUGAAUUGGGAAAUGAUCCAGAACCAGAAAACCAAACAUCAUCUCAGCUUGGACAAAUUGGCUCUGGUAUCAAAAUCUCAUGUUUAGGGACAUCAAAUCAAACUGAAGGUCACACAGAAUCUAUGUCACUAAGGAAUGCUUGGGUGCAGUGUGAUGAUUGCCAGAAAUGGAGGCGCAUACCAGCUGUACUUGCUGAUCAAAUUGAAGAAACAAACUGCAAAUGGAUUUGUAAGGAUAACAUGGAUAAAGACUUUGCUGAUUGUUCAAUUCCUCAAGAGAAGUCAAAUUCAGCAAUCAAUGCUGAGCUUGAAAUAUCUGAUGUCUCAGGAGAUGAGGAUGCUUCUCAUGCUUCCCUCAAUCAUAAUUGUUCAGGAAAGAAGUCUACAGUUGAUCAGAGCUCAUCAUGGACAUUGAUCAAGUCGAACUUGUUUCUGCAGCGUGCCCACAAAUCUCAGACCAUUGACGAGGUCAUGGUUUGCCAUUGCAAGCCACCUUCUGAUGGCCAAAUGGGCUGUGGAGAUGGAUGCCUGAAUCGAAUGCUUAAUAUUGAGUGUGUUCAAGGGACAUGUCCAUGCGGAGAACUCUGUUCAAAUCAACAGUUCCAGAAGCGGAAUUAUGCUAAAUUGAAAUGGUUUAAAUGUGGUAAGAAGGGAUAUGGCCUACAAUUGCUUGAAGAUGUGUCUGAAGGACGGUUUCUAAUUGAAUAUGUUGGAGAGGUGCUUGGUAUGCAAGCCUAUGAGGGGCGGCAACGUGAGUACGCAUCGAAGGGUCAUAGACAUUUCUACUUCAUGACACUUAAUGGUAGUGAGGUAAUUGAUGCAUGUGCCAAAGGGAAUUUGGGUCGUUUCAUAAACCAUAGCUGUGAUCCUAAUUGCAGUACUGAGAAGUGGAUGGUGAAUGGAGAAGUUUGUAUUGGACUUUUUGCUUUAAGGGACAUUAAGAAGGGUGAAGAGGUGACGUUUGAUUAUAAUUAUGUACGGGUCUUUGGUGCUGCUGCCAAAAGAUGUGUGUGCGGUUCUCCUCAGUGUCGGGGUUACAUAGGUGGUGAUACCCUAAAUGCUGAAGUAAUUGUUCAGGAUGAUUCGGAUGAUGAAUAUCCCGAGCCUGUUGUGGUAUGUGAAGACGUAGACAUGCAUGAUGAAUUAAACUACAUUAAAUCAUCAGCAAAUUCUUUCAGUGGUCUAGAAAUGAGAACUGUGGAUGAAGCUUCCGAAUACAAUGACAUACUUGUUGGGCAUGGUUCUGUGCACACACCAUGCUCCGUCAAAACGAAAAAUGGGGAUAUUACUUGUCCAGAAAGUUUUGAGACCAACAAAUCUGCUGCUGCCAUUGAGUGCUUGAAUACUACUUUGAGAAGUGGAGAGUUGCUGGAUUCAUCAGCCUCUUCUGCUGUGAGAGUGGAAACUUCUGUCACUUUGGAGGGUUCAGGAGGAUUGCAGUUCUCUGGAGCUAAAGAAGAGGGGUCAGAGGGUGAAAAAGUUGUAGAAAAUUCCGUGUCUCCUGUGGAGUUGGAGGUGACUUCUUCACCUGCAACUCUUAGCAAGCCAUUGAAAAAAUCAAAAUCUGGUUGUGUAGGAGGUAAGGCUGAAGGCACAAAGUCUUGUCCUCUUGUGAAAGCUUCUCGACUUUCAUCUUCAGUGAAGAAGGCUAAAUCUAAGAGUACCAAAGCACCACUAGAGAUAGGUAAUAGGUCAAAAUUGCCAGAACAUAAAGUCAAGAAACCUCCAGAAGGCUCGUUAAAUGCCCGUUUUGAAGCAGUUGAAGAAAAGCUCAAUGAGUUACUAGAUCCUGAAGGAGGAAUAAGUAAACGCAAAGAUGCAUCAAGGUGCUACCUGAAGCUUCUCCUAUUGACUGCUGCGUCAGGGGGUAGUGGCAAUAGUGAAACAAUUCAGAGCAACCGAGAGCUCUCUAUGAUCCUUGAUGCACUCUUGAAGACAAAAUCACGGACAGUUUUGGUCGAUAUUAUCAAUAAGAAUGGUUUGCAGAUGUUGCACAAUAUAAUGAAAAGAUACAGAAGGGAAUUCAAUAAGAUUCCAAUCCUCAGAAAGCUGCUUAAGGUACUGGAAUAUCUGGCAAUGAGAGAGAUCCUUGCAUUUGAACACAUUAAUGGGGGACCCUCUCGACCUGGAGUGGAGAGCUUCAGAGACUCAAUUUUAACAUUGACAGAGCACAUAGACAAACAGGUUCAUCAAAUUGCAAGAAGCUUUAGAGAUAGGUGGAUACCCAGAGCUCUCAGAAAAGGUUGCUUCAUGGACAAGGAUGAUGGGAGGACAGCGUUUCACUCCCAUUCGACAGUUGGAUCCAACACAGCAGAUGCUUGUGCAGUAGAUGGCUCAACUGUAUCAUGCUCUGGUCUUGGGGUAUCUAAUGGGACAAAGACUCGUAAACGUAAAAGUCGAUGGGAUCAAGAGGCUGAACCAAAAGAUGAUUGCGAACAGGACAAAGAUGACGCCCCUCCUCCUGGAUAUGAAUUUCCUCCUGGCUUUUCAGCCCCCAUAAAUAAUCCCAAAGAACUUUGCACCUCAAAGCCAGUUACGGGACAUUGCCAGCAGACGUUCAUUUCACAUUUGCCAGUCUCAUUUGGAAUCCCGUUUAACGUGGUGCAGCAAUUUGGAACACCACAAAUUGGAACCUCAGAAGUCUGGGCUGUUGCUCCAGGCAUACCCUUCCAGCCCUUCCCUCCAUUGCCUACAUGCUCCCGUGGCAGAAUGGACAACGUUCCUCCUCUUCCUAGUCCUCAGCUCUCACAUCAACCUGCUCAAACGCCUCCUCCUCAGUGUCAUAAGAUUGAUCCAAUGGCUUCUGCUUCUACUACUACUAAUAACCAGAAGCUGAAUCAGCCUUCACAAAACUGUUUUCAAGAGUAUCCGUGUCACACACAAAACCCCACUGGAAGAACAUCUGGAGCAAACCUGCCACCUGAGGUUGCAACGGGAGAACAGAGUCAUCAGCGACCUAAUGGCUCUUUUAACUUGGGAAGGAGAUACUUUAGGCAGCAAAAGUGGAGUGGCUCAAAACCACCUCCUCCGUGGCUCCGAAUGAGAAAUGGUUGGGGAUAUGCAGGAAACAAUCCGAAAAACGUGAUGUGCAAUGUAGGAGUAGGAAGUGUGGCAACUGAUUUUAGGAGUUCUCAUGGCCCAGAGGAUGUUGGCAUGGUGAGGGAGGAGGGUUCAGGGACAGGGCCAACAUUUUCUCAAAAUUAGCCUUGAUUUUCUAUAGGAAAUCUAUGGAGGCUCAGCAAAUUAUUAUUAUCUAGUGGUCCUAUGUACUUUUAACAAUUUUUUUGCGACACAAGUAGCCAAAAAUGAAAAUUUCCUCCUUUCUCUAGAUUUGAUUCAUUUGUAGAUGUAGGACCAAUAGUUACUGUGGUUAUCCUUGUGCAGACAAAUUCAUGUUCAGACUUCAGACCUCAAAGAGGUAAAGAUUUAUUGAUUGGAAAUUGAAAUGAAAAAUGUCAAAAUUGAUUCAGUUA